AUCAUAAUCGAGCUAUCUCUGCGUCGGCGAUCAAGUGGAGCGUGUUAGUAACAGACGCGGCAGGACUCGCCGGCUUAAAAUGCCUCGCAGGAGUAAAACUCCUCUUCCAACUACCGCAAAACAGCACAGAGUGCUUGUAUAACCUCCAUCAAAGAUGGACAAAACCUCAGCGUCGUCCAACACGACCGGGGACGAAAAUGAGAACGGUUCGUUUUGUGUUGCUAAGGGGAAAUGCACGGUAACCUAUGCCGAGAGUGCGAAGAAAACACCAAAGAGACGGGAACGGCGGCUUGUAUCAGAUCUGAUAAGAGCUGACAGAAAGCAAGCCAACGGGAAACACAAGAAUGGACAAAAACGCACUCCAACAGUCGAUACUACUCGCGCUAAGGGCUCCGCAGAUCUCGUCCAACUCGCAAUUCGACACCUCAACUGGCGUGAGUUCUCAUGUGGACGGCGGGUAGGGUGUGACUUUUACUGGCUUGGCGGGCUGUUUGAUCUGCCAGAUCCUUUACCUGGAACAGCGUAUUUGAGCAAAUUUCCUGGGAUGUCAGAAGCUGCACACAAAGUAGAAUUCACUCGGCUUAUGAACCGCAUGAAGCACCUAUUCCCAUCAGAAUAUUCUUUUUAUCCCAAGUCCUGGAUCCUCCCUGACCAAUACUCAGAGCUUGUUGGACAUGUCGGCAAACACAAGGGGAAAGUCUACAUCAUCAAACCAGACCUGGGAUCUCAAGGAGAUGGAAUAUACCUCAUGACAAAUCCAUAUGAUGUUCAUUUCAGUCCACUCCUGGCAAAACCUUGCAUUGUACAGGAAUAUAUAUCUAAUCCAUUACUGUUAGAAAAGUUCAAGUUCGAUCUUAGGAUUUAUGUUUUGGUGAAAUGUCUGGACCCAUUAGAGAUAUAUGUAUGUCGAGAAGGAAUGGGAAGAUUUUGUACUGAGGUAUACAGGCCACCAUCACAGAAGAACCUUCACAGAUGUUACAUGCAUUUGACAAAUUAUUCAUUAAACAAAUACAGCUCUUCAUAUGUUCAAAGUGAUGAUGAUGACAAGGGAAGUAAGCGGAAACUCAGUUGUGUUUUUAAACAGUUACAAUCAAAUGGUUGCAAUAUUGAGACUUUGUGGACAGACAUAGAUUUUAUAAUUUGCAGAACUAUCAUUGCAUUCAUGCCUAAUCUACUAAUUGAGGAUCAAAUAGUAACAUUAGACUUGAAGCAGAAACUCAGGUGUUUUCAAGUACUUGGUUUUGACAUUUUGAUCGACGAAGAUUUCAAGCCCAUUUUGUUGGAAGUUAACUCCAGUCCAAGUUUAAAGAUAGAUCAUGAAGAAGAGACAAGUCCCGGGAAAGUGGAAUAUUUCCUGAGUACAACUGAUAUGGAAAUUAAACUGCCAAUCAUUGUUGAUGCGAUGAGGUUGGUUCAUCAAUACAAAGCAAGGGCUGAAGGUGCAUCGCCGAGCAGUCCUCAGACAUUUGGAUGUCUUCACCAAAUCUACCCAAAACUCUCCAAACACACGGACUACCUUCGCAUACUCGAGCGAUUCCUCAAGCUGUUUCGACACUUCGUCGGCGUUCGACCAUCAAGUCGAAUGGGACCGACAUCGUUCCGAAUCAUGGCGAGGCGCUGUAAACUGACCGAUUUUGGAUUCACGCUCGCUGCCCUCGAUAUCCUAUACAUCAACAUGAGCCGACGUUAUUCGGACACAGACAGCGGUCGCGCAUCACUCGACUUCAAUGGUUUCUACGAGUCCUUGCUUGCGAUUGGCCAACGUCGACUGGCACCACAAGGUCGAGAGCCAAUCAGCGUUCUCCGUUACGUUCUAAGACAUUGUGAAAUGCACUUGGAAAAGCCCGCCAAGCGCUGUCGUCCGCAGGCGUUUGCACGGAGUCCCAGGUCUCCUCUGCUGAGCAUAAGAAGGCAGCUAAGUAGCAGUUUUAUGUUAGUGUCGAGUCCCGAACAUUCCAAGGACAUUAUAACCCUCUAGAUAUUCUAACCUUUUAUCAGAGGCAAACAUAUCAAAUAGGCUAUCAUGAGGCCCUAAUGAAAGUAUACAAUAAUAAUAGCAGAAUUCUGUAUCUCCCCGUAGGAAACGAAAUUCUAAAUCAGCUCAUCUAGAAAUAUGGUCAGUAUGCCAAAUGUCACAGUACGGAGUAUAUUUUCUCGCAAAUAACAAUGGGGCAACGCCUAUUGGGAUUACCCCCAACUUUCCCCCCCCCCCCCCCUGUUUUUCUACGUCCGUUACGACUCACUGAACAAGUGCAACAAUUAUUACCAUGGAUCAAAUAAGAAAAAAUGAAAUAAGCUAAUUGGACGAAUUAAUUGCAAGAAUUGCAAAAAUUAUAAUCAUGUAUCAAAUAAAGAAAAAAUGAAAUAAGCUAAGGGAAACGAAUAUACUGAUAAAUUGGUUGUAUAUAUUUCAAUUUUACAUAUGAUGUAGAUUAUUUUAGACAUUUAAACUGUAUGUUUAUAUCUUAGUAAGUACAUAAAAUUCAAAAAGCAUAUGCAAUAUGUAUAAAGUGGAUGUAAUAAAACUCUGAAAAAAUACA